CAGUCCAUAAACAAAGGGACCUAAAGGACCAUCGUGCCCUCUACCAAAAUGGCCGCGCGGGCAGCAACACUCAGCAGAAAUGGGGCCUGGUCACGUGGCGUCGCUACUUCCGGUCCAAUGAUUUCCAUUGAGCGGCUGUAAGCGGAGGGUGUGUUUUUUUUGCCAGGUCGCACCGGAAGCGGGUUUCUCGCUGAGCACCUUCUACUUCCGGCGGUGGAAGUGCGAACUCACCCGGCCUGUGUUAGGAAAUAAACAUGGCGUCCGUGUGGGAUGAGGCAGAGGUAAGAGAGAGGGGGUAGGAUUGGGGAGGGGGGGGUUGAAGAUUUUAUUUAUUGGGGGGGGGGGGUUAGCAGGAAGUUUAUAUUGAAUUUGAAUGAAAGGAGGGCGAUUCUCAUACAAUGGGAUGUCUGGAGGGUGACUGGAGUGACUGCUGAAGGAGUAGUGGAUUAGGCAGCAGUCACACGGAGGAGGUGGUAGAGAGGAUUUGAAUUCUAGGAUCAGAGCAAUGGUUCUGAAAUAUAUAAGAAUGUGGGUUUUCUAAAGCAGGGGUUCCCAGUCCUCAAGUACCCCCUCUCAGUCCUGGAUUUAGGGACUACCCAGUUGUGUCUAAGGUGUUUUUAGAAAAAGAAAAACAUGCCUAACCCCUCAAGGACCAAACUUCUGGAAUAAAAGGGAAUCAUGACAUGUCAUGUGUCAUUAACCCCUUAAGAACACAACUUCUAGAAUAAAAGGGAAUCAUGAUGGAAUAUUUCCGUCAUGUGUCCUUAAGGGGUUAAAGGACCACUAUAGCGCCUGGAAAACAAACUUGUUUUCGUGUCACUAUAUAGUCCUUCGGUCCCCCCACCCUCAGGGCCCCUUCAGCCACUUACCUUAAUACAGAGCCGGGCUCCCUCGGCGCUGGUGACCUCUCCUCCCCCUCCGCCGUCAGCUCAAGAGUGGAGCCGAAUGCGCAGUGCUUUCUUAUGGACAUUCUGCAUGCUCAAUGCGAUUUUUGCAUUGAGUGUCUCGGAAGCACCUCUAGCGGCUGUCAGGAAGACAGCCACUAGAGGCUGGAUAAACCCUGCAAUGUAAACAUAGCAGUUUCUCUGACACUAUGUUUACAUCUGAAGGGUGACAUUGAGCUGAAGUGGUCUGGGUUACUAUAAUGGUCCUUUAAAUCCUGGACUGGUAGAGGCUACUUGAGGACUGGGUUGGGGACCCUUGUUCUAGAGGGAUUCUGUAUGUAACCUGUGAUGUCCCUUAACUUGUUUUUAUUCCUGUAGCUGGAUGGGGUGGGAGAGGAAGUUCUCAAGAUGUCUACAGAGGAGAUUAUACAGAGAACCCGGCUUCUGGACAGCGAAAUAAAGGUAGGAGUAAUUACAAUGGAAUCUGCUCAGUGAUUUGCAUUGCUAGCAGUCUCUUCCAGGCCUUUAAGGUGAACAGUCACCUGUCCGGAAACUACAACAUGCUUUAGUACUUAACCUUUUCGUCAAAGACUCAAAUUAUGCAUGUUCCACUGUAAAAUUGGCUAUGUGAUCUAAUUUCCCUAAGCCAAUAAAAUAAUUAUACCAAAUGCCUUACUUAGAUUUUUACCAGUAUCAGACAGAUCUACGCGCCUUUUUAAAUUUGCUAAUGUUGCUAGGUUUUGGUAUAAAACUUUCUCAUUUUCCUUUCUUUCACUGAGCUCUUUUCCAAUGCUCCUCCUAUAUUUGUCCUACACAUCUUAUUUAAAAUAGCUGUUUCUAAGCUACAAAUACACUAGUGGCAUUGAUUUGCAUAUUGUAGUAGCAACAAACUUGCAAGAUCUUGGCCAGUGUAUUGAAUUUGAAAAAAGGCUUAACCUGGACAAGUUAAAGUAUUCCAGUAUUGCAAAUAUUGCAAGUCAUUAAAGGAUCACUAUAGUGUCAGGAAAACAAACUUGUUUUCCUGACACUAUAGCAUCCUUAGGACCCCCACCCUCAGGGUCCACCUCCCUUGGCGCUGAAGUGGUUAAAACCCCUUCAGCUACUUACCUUUAUUUGGCGCUGGUGACCUCUCCUUCCCCGCCAACAUCAGCUCCCGAGCAAGAGCCGCACGCGCAUUCAAUGCUUCCCUAUGGAUGUUCUGCACGCGAAUUUCGCAUCCAGCGUCGCAGAUGCGCCUCUAGCGGCUGUCAGGAAGACAGCCACUAGAGAUUGGAUUCACCCUGCAAUGUAAACAUAGCAGUUUCUCUGAAACUAUGUUUACAUCUGAAGGGUUAAAACCUGGGGGACCUGGCACCCAGACCACUUCAUUGAGCUGAGGUGGACUGGGUGACUAUAGUGUCCCUUUAAUUCAUUAACUCUAAGGGUUGGAAUUGAUCCAUUUUCAUGAUUUUUAAAUAAGACGAGUAUUUUUGGUCAUUUAUGGCCCCCUUAUUCUCUACAUGUUAAAGCUAUUCAGGUCUAUUAACUACUUAUUUAUGGGGUAUUCAGUUCAGCUACUGCUAGUACUUUUUAAUAAUGACACAAAUGUCUGUCAAGCUAGUUAUUAACAACCACAC